AUGGCCCUGGCUGCUCUGGCUGCACUGGAAGCAACACCAAUCGCCGAUGAAGAUGCCCACCUUUUUGUUUUGGUCCAUGGGCUUUGGGGAAGUCCGAAGCAUAUGCUGGUAGUGGAAAGAGCACUCAAGAACUCGCUUGCUGAAGUUUCUAACGAGAGAAUUAUCACUCUCAAGCCCUCGUCGUUCCGGUUCUGGAAAACAUACGAUGGAAUCGAAAGAUGUGCUGAGCGGGUCAUUGCUGAUUUACUUUACGAGAUCGAGAUUUUAAAAGAGAAAGACCACUUGAAAGUAUCCAAGAUCAGUAUCAUUGGAUAUUCGUUGGGAGGCUUAAUUUCUAGAUUUGUCGUGGGAAAAUUGUUUUCUAUGGGAUUCUUCGAUGAAGUAUCCCCAGUGUUUUUCUGUACCUUUGCUACUCCUCAUGUAGGUGUGCAUUUCUUCAGACCCAACCUCUUUGAUUAUGUGGCCAACAGGUUAGGCAAGCUCUUGUUCGGCUAUACUGGUCUACAACUAUUUGUAGCCGACAAUGAUUCAUUGCUUGUAAGAAUGGCUGAUCCAGAAUCGGCCUUCUUUCAAGGGUUGGAGCUUUUCGAGUCCAGAUUGCUAUUGGCCAAUGUCAAAAAUGACCGAAGUGUGGCAUUCUACACGAGUUAUAUCACUGAGUUUUCGCCAUUCGACCAAAUCGAUUCUGUCAACAUCAGAUAUUUGAAGGACUUACCCCCCUCGAGGAUUGGAGUUACUAAGGUAUGGCCCAAAUUCAUAGACAUGGAGAAAUCACACCGGGUUGAGAAUCCCCAAGAAUUUCAAGGAAACAGACAGGAAGCCACCUCCAUCAUUCGAUCCAACAAAAUUCUUCGUGGUACCAUUCUCCUUUCAGCAGCAGUUAUAUUAGUGCCCUUUUAUAUCCCUCUAAUCAUCUGCUUGUCGCUUUACGUCUCCGGAUAUAGUGCCUUAAAAGUGAAAUUGCUUAGAUCAAUGAGGAUAGAGGAGCACUGGAAGGAAGUUCGCCUGUCUGUGUAUCACGAAGGUGUAAUUGACUCGGAGCAUGCAGAGCAGGGUGAAUCCAGAAGAAAGCAAAGACACAAUUUGGCCAAGCACGAAACCUUCAAAGGCGAUACUUCAAACUUCACCGAAAGUGCCAUGGAGGGUAUGUUGUUUGCAGAAGACGAAUUUGUUGGAGGUCAGUCCAAGAUUAUAGAAGAGAACGAACCGUCCGACGAAGAAGAUAAAGAUUCAAACAAAGUUGUUUGUAUGGAAGCACACGAUGAGGAGCAAGCCGAGCUUUCAGAGUCGGACUCAAACCAAACCAACAAAUCGUUAUUUGCAUCCUUUUUGAGAAAGAAGCAUAUUAUCGACAUUCUGACAGAUAAAAAUGACCGGGUAGUGAGGGAGCAUGUGGAAUCAUUGAGAAACAACGACUUGUCAAAGAUUCCGCUCUUUUCCGAAGAUAGCAAGCUUGACUUGCUUGAAGAGCAGAAAAUAAUCGUGAAAAAUUUAAACAAAUUGGACUGGAUUAAGAUCGCCGUUUACCACGAUCUGUUCAAUGCGCAUGACGGAAUAGUUGCCAGAAGAGGAGAAAAAUCAAAUCCCAAGGGCACUUGCACGAUUUAUCUUUGGGCAUCUAUUCUUCGGAAUCAUAUCCGGGACCACAUUUGA